GCCGGCGCUUCCCGGGCACGGCCCGCGCUGAGGGGCGGCCGCGGCGGCAGAGGCCUCACAGCUCCUCAGUGACCGCUUACAGGAGUUGCGCUGCCUGGGCAGACGGUUCAGCUGCUUCGCUGGAGUUUAGCUGCGUUAUCGGUUAGAGCGGGUGACAUCGUGGUCUGCGAGCGGCGUGGCCGUGGGGCGCGCCGCCCCGGGGUGAUGCUGGCCCGCGCCGCGCCGCGCCGGCCCGCGGAGGCGUGAGCGGCACCACGGCGGGGCCGGCCCGGCCCGCGCGCUGCAGGGUGGUCAUCUACCUCCAGAAGGACAUGUCGGGGGACACCUGCCUGGGCAGCGCCCUGUGCCCGGCCGCGGGCCACAAGCCCAAGGGCGCCGGGCUCAAGGGCGGCAGCCUGGGCAACAAGUACGUGCGGCUGAACGUGGGGGGCUCCCUGUACUACACCACGGUGCAGGUGCUCACCAGGCACGACACCAUGCUCAAGGCCAUGUUCAGCGGCAGGAUGGAGGUGCUCACCGACAAGGAAGGCUGGAUCCUUAUAGACCGUUGUGGGAAGCACUUUGGAACAAUUUUAAACUAUCUCAGAGAUGACACAAUUGCACUUCCAAAACACAGGCAGGAGAUCAAGGCAUUGAUGGCAGAAGCCAAAUACUAUCUCAUCCAGGGCUUAGUGGACAUGUGCCAAGCAGCCCUGCAGGACAAGAAAGACUUGUAUGAACCUGUCUGCAGCAUCCCUAUUAUCACCUCUCCAAAAGAAGAGGAGAGACUGAUAGAGUCAUCAAUGAAACCUGUUGUUAAACUGCUGUAUAAUAGAAGCAACAAUAAAUACUCCUACACCAGUAACUCAGAUGACAACUUGCUGAAGAACAUCGAGCUGUUUGACAAGCUGUCGCUGCGGUUCAAUGGCAGAGUGCUCUUCAUCAAGGACGUGAUCGGGGACGAGAUCUGCUGCUGGUCCUUCUACGGGCAAGGCCGCAAGCUGGCCGAGGUCUGCUGCACCUCCAUCGUCUACGCCACGGAGAAGAAGCAAACCAAGGUUGAAUUCCCCGAGGCACGAAUUUAUGAGGAGACCCUGAACGUCCUGCUGUACGAGACGCCGCGUGUCCCGGACAACUCCCUGCUGGAGGCCACGAGCCGCAGCCGCAGCCAGGCCUCGCACAGCGAGGACGACGAGGGCCUGGAGCUGCGCGAGCGCGUGCGCCGCAUCCACGUCAAGAGGUACAGCACCUACGACGACCGCCAGCUCGGCCACUAGCGCCCCUGCAGCAGGGCUGCUCCUGCUGCUGGCCUGCCACAGGAGCCAGGGAUCCCCAGACUCUGCUGCUGACCUUACGGAGCUCCCUAGAGAGCAAACGGGGAUCUGUGUGCACAGAGCAGCACUGGAGGCCAAGGGCUCGGAGAACUGAGCUGUGCACCUUGUGCUUUACCUGCAGGCUGGCCCUGUUCCUGCUGGGGAGAGGGGGUUUGGAGCGCUGGUUCUCAGUGUGUGGUUGCUCUUUCCUAUCUAACAGUUUGCCAGUUUCACCCUCGCUGUGAGCAGCACUGCUCUUCCUGUGUGAGGUGGCGCGGUUUGAAAAAGCUCUCUCCAGACAGCUCCCCUUGCAGGGCUUUGUAUAUGGAACUUGCAGUUAUUAACUCAAGAUCCUGAAGAGAGGACUUGAAUGUGGCUGCUCUUGGCAGACACUACAUGGGAUAACCCCAGGAGAAACGUUUGGCUGCCAGUCAGCUGCACCUGUGCUCUCCCACCCCGUCCCCAGAACACCUUCAGAGGUUGGUGUUUCAGGAGAGUGUCUUUAAAACUCAUUGAUUCCAAGGCAAUCUCUUCCAAAGUGGUAAGAAUCAAGUCAUCAGCCUCCCCAUGAGAAAAAUGGAAAUCUCUGAAAAUGUAAAUGUGUAGAUAAUGGCUUGUCCUGGGACAGGGGCAAUGGGUAUGGUGAGGGAUGAAACCUGAAGGAAGCGACUUGGGCAGAUUGUGGCAGUGUUGCCCUGGUUGCAGCUUGUCACAGUGAAAUCCUGUUUAUAUAAACAAGGGCAAUCUGGGGAAUUGGUUUUACAUUGGUUUUCUCCUGUGGCCUAAAAGUGUUAUUUAAUGUUAAAUUUCUCAAGCAGUGGGGGAGAUACUGUGGGGGCUGGAGAAGUACAGGCUAAACAGUGUUUUCUAAGGCUAGGACAUGUGAAUUCAAGUUCUGUGUCCUGAAUCCCUUCUAGAGUGUAGAAGUUGAAGAAGAAAAACAGCUGUGAAAAUACUGUUCUAGCAUGGAAGUGCAAGAGGCUUUGGGCACAGGAGAGAAGUGGCUUAUACUGGAUUUUAACCUGAAAUAAUCACUUUUAUUACGAGUGCUUGGCUGGGUGCUAAUUGUACAGGGCACUUCAGGAGGUGGGAGUCAAGUCUGCUCUGCAAAUAUGGAAAUUUUCUGGAAACAGUUUCAAGUUUAGUAUGAAAAGCCAUUGUAUUUUUAAACAAUGUUUAAAAAGCUUGUUUGUUUGAGCUGUAGGUAGCAGUUUUGCCACUGUCAUUGAUGGUUAUGCCUGCUGGCUGCCCACGGGGAGCUGGGCAUAUGUUGGAUAUGUCCCAGAGCUGCCUUUGUGUUCCUGUAUCAUACUCGGUCACGAAGCUGCAGAUUCCACAAUGGUCAGUCUUGAACCACUUUGACCAGUGCCAAAUCUAGCUGUAAGAUUUAAAGGAAAUUACUGCACAAGCCUGACAAGAAAAUAAUACAAAACUAAUGCAGGGAGUUCAUAAGGAGAAGUAGAUGGUUUGGGAGUAAUAAGCAGGAGAGGGAACAAAAAAUUAUUUGCACUCAUUAGGUUUUUGAAAAUUAAAUUGUUGUGGGUUAGUAAGAAAACACUAACAGACUUGUGGGAUUUUCUUGCCUCUACAUGUGGCAGGAUUCACUUCAUUCUCUUCACAUUCAGGAAGCAGCAUUGCACAGGGAUGCACCUGCCUGCUUGUGAAAGGCCUCUUGAAAUCUCUAAUAAUCCUACAACCUCUUUUAUAUUGCUUUCUGUAAGUUUUUGUUUUCUGGCUGGUUAUUCUGUUGUGCCAGGGAAAAUACAGCUGUUGAGAUUAGUUUCAACUAAGAUUUUUGUGGUAUUUCUCUCUAUUUCUGCUAGAAUGUGAUAUGGAUUUUAAAAAUUUUUUCCCUCCACUAAUGCUAUUUAAUUUGAAGGCACCAGCAGAGGCUGCAGUGAUGGGGUCUUUGUCCUGCAUUUAAUAGCUUCAAGUUAUUAUCUUGUGCUUUUUUGUGUCUUGUAGCAAAGGCUGAUGCCAUUUAAAAAACACAUGGCACUUCUGUUUCUUGGCAAAUGAUUUAUAGUAUUUUUUUCUUGUUACUGUCAUAGUGAAUGUUAACAGAGUACGUAAGUGAUGCUGAUAACCUUGCAAAACUGUGUUUAGAUGAAGUUAUAAGCAGAAAAAUGUCAUAUUUGCAUUUAUUUUUUUCUAGGGAGGAUGGGUAUAGGAAGGAGUGUGUAAAAGAGAAUGUCAGAUCUGUGUGCUACUCCAGAGGCUUUCUGUACUCACAGGAUUCAUUAACAAAAUUAGCUGUCGUUCUUACAGGACUCGCUGUCUCUUCACUCUAAAUCCAGUCAGACCGUUGUGCAUUCGGGCACUGCCUUGGCAGAUGGAGGGAGUGCAGGGGAGCCUUUCCCUGCCAGCCCUGUGCCAGAGGGCCCCGGAUGUUUCCCAGGCAGUCCCAGGGCCCUGCCAGCAGCCUCGGGCCCCCGCAGGGAGGGAGGGGGGCUCGGUGUCCGAGUGCCUGCUGGAAGGAGCUCUCUGUGUUUGUGAGGCAGCAGGGUCAGAGCAGAGAGCUCUGCAGGGUGACACAAAAGUCACUGCUUAACCUGCAACUUUGUGUUCGUGAACAGGAGACGUUUAUCCUGCUGCAGUGUUCCACCCCAGUGACUUCUAUCUUUUGCACUUCUUGAUUAAAAUAGAAAAUAAGUGAUGGACAGGGAGGGUAUUGGAGGGGCUGUGCUGUCACCGAGAGCUGUGUUUGAAUGGGCAUUGCUUACUGUGGGCUUGGUUCGGCUUUGUUCUUCUCGAGGUUUUUCAUUUUCAGGCAGAAUUGUCUCCAGGCAAUACUGGAGAUUACCAGACCCGGACGGGUCUGCCCAGCAGCCCUUGCCUUGCAGAGUUAGGCUGUGUUCUGUGACAAUCCUUGGCACUCAGUGCUCACAGCCCCGUGCCCUGUGCUGUGGGAGCGCUGGGCUGUGCCUGGGAGGUGAGUCCUGGCCCAGCUCUGUCCCUGCCUCAAGGACACACGGCGGGCUCUGUUUUCUGUGUGUGACACUUCUCAUCCAGUGGAACCGGCAGUAAGACCCUCCCCUACCUCACAGGGUGGCUGACACUUAAUUUGUUUAUUAAGAGUAAAGGAUCCUUUUGGAUUUCGAUGAUAUUUUAUAUUCAGAGGAUAGCAAAUAUGGUUGCUGAUCUUGUUUAAACUGACAUUCUGUGAUCAAGUUACUUUCUUAGAGAUUCAGUCUUUGUUUUAUUUUAAUGUCUAACUUUUAAGAGUCUUCUUUGCAGAUAAAGUAUGUAGUUAAUGCAGUAAUAAUCAAUUACCUGUUGAUUAAAGUGUUUCAUCAGUGCAUUAAGUGGAAAUAGAACACUAAUUUUUAAUAAAAUGUUAUAUUUUGUCUUCUGA